CUAUUAUACUAGUAGAUAGGCCGAUCCCAUUUAGCCCCCUAGUGGAAAAAAAGAGCCCUGCAGGUAAGAAAUUAAAAACAAGGAUGAGCGCCAUGUCUGAUCCUCCGGUUGUGUAAUAGACAACCAAACAUCAGAACUCUCUUCCCCCUCCCGGUGGGGAUCCAUGUGAAGGAUGGCCGAGAGUGCGGGGAUACAACAGGGUUCUCCUGCCGUCGGGGCUGCGGGCUCGGCCCCGGCCGCCCCGGGAGCCGGGGGGACGGCGGGCUCGGGCUCGGCCGCCCCAGCAGCGGGGACUGAGGGCUCGGGCUCGGUCCCCGCAGCCCCGGGAGCCGGGGGAGUGACGGGCUCGGGCUCGGUCCCUGCUGCCCCGGGAGCCGGGGGGACGGAGGGCUCGGGCUCGGUCCCGGGAGCCGGGGGGACGGAGGGCUCGGGCUCGGUCCCGGGAGCCGGGGGGACGGAGGGCUCGGGCUCGGUCCCGGGGGCUGGGGGGACGGAGGGCUCGGUCCGGGGGACGGAAGGUUCGUUCCGGGGGAUGGAGGGCUCGGUCCCCGCGGUGGGCUCCGCUAGGAUCGCUGUGAAGAAGGCGCAGCUCCGCUCCUCACCUCGGCCCAAAAAACUGGAAAAACUCGGAGUGUAUUCCUCCUGCAAAGCUGAAGGGGCUUGUAAGUGCAAUGGCUGGAAAAGUCCAAACCCUCCUCCUACACCACCGAGGACCGACCAACAGUCGAACGCCGUCAACUUGCAGGACCCCUGUCGAAGCUGCUCACACACUCUUGGUGACCAUGUGACUCACCUGGAGAACGUUUCGGAGGACGAGAUGAACCGACUGCUGGGCAUUGUGCUGGACGUGGAGUACCUGUACACUUGUGUGCACAAAGAGGAGGACGCAGACACCAAACAAGUGUACUUCUCCCUCUUCAAACUUCUAAGGAAGUCCAUUCUCCAGAUGGGGAAGCCCAUGUUGGAGGCCCACGAUAAUCCUCCCUUUGAGAGACCCAGCAUAGAGCAGGGCGUGAACAGCUUUGUGCAAUACAAGUUCAGCCACCUUCCGUCGAAGGAGCGGCAGACCAUCGUGGAGCUGGCCAAGAUGUUCCUGAACCAGAUCAACUACUGGCAGCUGGAGACACCGUCCCAGAGACGGCAGAGGGGGCCCAACGAGGACGCUGCUGGUUACAAAGCCAACUACACCAGGUGGCUGUGCUACUGCAACGUGCCUCAGUUCUGCGACAGUCUCCCCCGCUAUGAGACCACGCAGAUCUUUGGCUGCACACUGCUGCGCUCCGUCUUCACCGUGAUGAGGAAGCAGCUGCUGGAGCAGGCCCGGCAGGAGAAGGAUAAGCUGCCUCCCGAGAAACGCACCCUCAUCCUCACACACUUUCCCAAAUUCCUGUCUAUGCUGGAGGAGGAGGUGUACAGCCACAGCUCCCCCAUCUGGAGCCAAGAAUUCCUGUUGGGAUCCACGGGACUACAGAUCCCUAUCCACACAGUGAUCAGUGCAUCCCCGGUGGCCAGACCGCUGUACUACAGUCCCAGUCCCAUCCAGGUGGAGAUUGUGAGCUGUGGCAGCGUUAGUCCUGCGAGGAAGAUGGUGUCUCUACUGGAGAUGAGCACAGUUGGAGAGAAGCGUAAGCCUUCGGAGCCCCUCCCCCACGAGGACGCCAAGAGGCAGAGAGUGGUUGGAGACAUCCCCCAGGAGCUGAUCAACGAGGUCAUGGCCACCAUCGCCGACCCCGCCGCCAUCCCAGAGACCAACCUGCUGUCAGCGCACUCUGCGCGUGACGAGGCAGCGCGGCUGGAGGAGCGCAGGGGGGUGAUCGAGUUCCAUGUCAUCGGGAACUCGCUGAACCAGAAGCCCAACAAGAGCAUCCUGAUGUGGCUGGUAGGCCUCCAGAACGUCUUCUCCCACCAGCUGCCCCGCAUGCCCAAGGAGUACAUCACCCGGCUGGUGUUCGACCCGAAGCACAAGACACUGUCGCUGAUCAAGGAUGGCCGAGUGAUCGGAGGGAUCUGCUUUCGGAUGUUUCCCUCCCAGGGCUUCACCGAGAUCGUCUUCUGCGCUGUUACGUCCAAUGAGCAGGUCAAGGGUUAUGGCACCCAUCUGAUGAACCACCUGAAGGAAUACCACAUCAAGCACGACAUCCUCAACUUCCUCACCUACGCAGACGAGUACGCCAUCGGAUACUUCAAGAAGCAGGGUUUCUCUAAAGACAUAAAGGUUCCCAAGGCGAAGUACGUGGGCUACAUCAAGGACUACGAGGGGGCCACACUCAUGGGCUGUGAGCUGAACCCAAGCAUUCCCUACACAGAGUUCUCUGUCAUCAUCAAGAAACAGAAAGAGAUCAUCAAGAAGCUGAUGGAGAGGAAACAGGUGCAGAUCAGGAAGGUGUAUCCGGGGCUUUCCUGUUUUAAGGAAGGAGUCCGGCAGAUUCCUAUCGAGAGCAUCCCAGGAAUACGUGAAACUGGAUGGAAACCCAUGGGCAAAGGCCAAGGGAAGGAGCUCAAGGAUCCAGACCAAUUGUACAGCACUCUGAAGACCAUCCUCCAACAUGUGAAGAGUCACCAGAACGCUUGGCCCUUCAUGGAACCUGUGAAGAAGACGGAGGCUCCUGGGUACUACCAAGUGAUCCGCUUCCCCAUGGACCUGAAGACGAUGAGCGAGCGUCUGAAGAGCCGAUACUACGCCACUCGCAAGCUCUUCAUGGCCGACAUGCAGCGCAUCUUCACCAACUGUCGGGAGUACAACCCGCCCGAGAGCGAGUACUACAAGUGUGCCAACUUACUGGAAAAGUUUUUCUACACCAAAUUAAAGGACGCGGGGCUCCUUGAGAAGUAAACACAAACUAUCUUGAAUUCUAGACCCUCACCAGGACUGGUUUCUAUCCAGAGACUGAGGACUGAUCUUGGCAUUCAAACGGUUUUGUGGUUAUCAUCGACAAGAUGAGAGGGUUUCUCAUGUUUGGGUCUCAGAACACAGCGUUUAUGACAGAUAUCAAAUGCAUGCUGUUACAAGAUGCAGAACCCGUUACUUUAAAGUGGCAUUUACGCUAAUAGGAGCCAGACACUAAAGUUCACACAGCAGGGACAGCCCCCUCUCAGGGGCCAAGGCUGUCUCCAGUAGGCUGGGAUUGUUGCCAAACUAGUAAUGUUGCUUGCCAUGUGACGCCUAGAACAAAUUGGAAAAGGACAAAUGACGAAAAGCCGUGUGAUUUGAUGCGCCGAUGGCCAUGCAGCUAGCAGUACUUUCCAUCGAAACAAAAAGUUAAGAGUGGCUUUAAGUGGAAAUCAUUUCAGCCAUGCCAAGUUGUCAGAGCGAUGUUGGUAAAUCGAACCAGCGUUUCCGCCCUCCCCCAGCAAAAAGUUUAGGUAAUGUUUUAAUAAGGCUCUCUGCUUCCCGCCUUCUUGUUAGUUUAGAGACGCUGAACUCCCGAGACUAACGAAUAACAAAUUCAAGUUUCAAAGACGCACCUUACGCUCUCUUUGUGUCAGUCUAUCAGUGACUCCUUCCAUUCCACUGUACCUCUCUGUUGACUCAGGUAUAGAGAUCAGAAACCUUAUGUUUUACCAUCGGAAUCAUCGCUCAACUAGUGUUCCCUGUGAAGAACUGGAGAACGUUAGAAAUGAGGAUCUUCUGUUUCUUUUGUUCCUGUUUGUUUGAACAAAAAUAAGCUGAUGUGUUUGAUGUCAAUCAUAUCAAAUUUAUCGUUCACCACGGAAAAAAUCGAAAAUGAAUUAAGUGUUCACACCAAGUUUAUCCUGCCAAAAAAAAUGGAACAUUUUAAUCAUUUUAAGCACUUAGCCUGUGUAUUUCGAAUGUGUAGGUCUAUUUUACUUUCAGGGCUUGAAGCUCCUCUAGAUAAGCUGCAUCAGGCAAACUUUGAAUAAUUAAGGCACUUUUUCGUUUUUAUAAUAAGCAUUCUUUAACAAGGCAAAUUUUUCACCUAUUUUUGUUAACUAAAAAGCCUAUCGCCGUUGACUUACAGCUCAUUUAAUUAUCUAGUUUUAUUCUUAUUUAUGUUCUUUAAUUUAAAAGGAAUAGUGCUUAUGGAAGGUCUUAAUUUAUUAUUUUUCUUCUGCAGAUUGAGAUUGCUACCUUUGUACUUUGGAGAUAAAUGAAAGAUUGUGCAAUACCAUGUCGUUUUUGCUGUUUUGUAUAAAAGGAAAUGUUUGUACUUUUCGAGCUUAAAGAACAAAAAAAAACUGAA